AGGGGUGUUCCCGUCACAAUCCAGCUGAUCUUGUAACAAGCCAGACGGAAGUGAGACGUGUGGAUGCGCGUUUCGUCUAGCCUUUAAAAUGGGACUGUCAUCCCGUUUCAGCAGAAUGACAGCAGGACGUUUAGUUUAGGAUUACAAAAGGAAGGGACGUCUAGAGAAAAUAAAAGCACUCUAAUAAGGGAUUAUCCUUUAGCCGUCGGAUCUCCAGUCCCCUUCCCAUUACCCCCCUUCCACCUCCCCUUGCUGCCUCCGUCUCCACCAGCUUGGUGAUUUCUCUAAAGGAGGACUGACAUGAGCGCAGUCUGGGGAUGGCAUCCUUUAAGAGUUAUUGCAAGACAGAGCCCGAGGAAGAGAAUGGGGAGCUGGACCAGUCUCUGCAGCAGAUGCUGAAAGCUAUCGCCGACGAAAGAUACAGGCUUAACAUCAGACAAGAGAUCAGCGGACUCGGAUGUCUUAAGGAUGACAGGAUCGUGUUUUGGACCUGGAUGUUUUCUAACUAUUUCAUGGAGAAAUGGGCCCCCAGACAGGACGACAUGCUGUUCUAUGUGCGGAGAAAGCUGUCCUAUGUCAGUGCUGACAAUACGGAUGGGAAGAAGGUUGAGGUGGAGGUUUAUCGGAGAGAUUCCAAAAAGCUGCCAGGAUUGGGAGACCCAGACAUAGACUGGGAGGAGAGUGUCUACUUGAAUCUCAUUUUACAGAAGCUGGACUAUGUAGUCACCUGCGCUGUCUGUACACGUUCAGAUGGAGGGGACAUUCAUGUCCACAAGAAGAAGUCACAGCAAGUGUUCGCCUCUCCCAGCAAACACCCCAUGGACAGCAAAGGCGAGGAAUCCAAAAUGAGCUAUCCCAACAUCUUCUUCAUGAUUGACAACUUUGAAGAGGUCUUCAGUGAUAUGACAGUGGGAGAGGGGGAGAUGGUCUGUGUUGAACUCGUUGCCAGUGAUAAAAGCAACACUUUCCAGGGAGUCAUUUUCCAAGGCUCAAUACGAUACGAAGCUCUCAAGAAGGUCUAUGACAACCGGGUCAGCGUGGCAGCUAAGAUGGCGCAGAGGAUGUCCUUUGGCUUCUACAAAUACAACAACAUGGAGUUUGUGAGGAUGAAGGGGCCCCAGGGAAAGGGUCAUGCAGAAAUGGCCGUGAGUCGAGUUCCGACCGGAGACACCUCCCCCUGUGGGACUGAAGAGGACUCGAACCCUGACUCUCCCGUCCACGAGCGGGUGACCUCUUUCAGCACCCCGCCGACCCCGGAGAGGAAUAACCGGCCCUCCUUCUUCUCCCCGUCGCUCAGGCGCAAGGUGCCCCGGAACAGGAUCGCCGAGAUGAAGAAAUCCCACUCGGCCAACGACAGCGAGGAGUUCUUUCGGGAGAAUGAGGACAAUGGAGACUUGCACAACACCACCAACCUGAGGUCCAGAUCGCUGUCAGGAACAGGCCGGUCCCUGGUGGGGUCCUGGCUGAAGCUGAACAGAAGUGAGGAGAACUUCCUGCUCUACUCCCACCUGACGUAUGUCACUCUACCCCUGUACCGCAUCACCACAGAUAUUCUUGAAGUGCGACAAAAGCCAAUUCUCAUGACAUAGCAGAGACAAGACACUGCCUUGGAUACUGUCUACCAAGUGCCUAUGUGUGAUGGGCGAAUUGGACAACACUACCACCUAGUGUCUGGAAAGAGAACCAAAAACAAAAGCAAAGUCUUUGGAACAAAGCGAAAAAACCAGCCAAUCAAGAAGUGCCUCUUCCUUCCUUCCUGACAGACUCCUGUUUUCACAAAGUGAAAGCAGAAGUGACAGGUUCUCUAGUUUUGCUUCUUUGAGUAAAGCAGCACCUGAAAUAUCAGAACCACAGCUUCAUGAACAUCUCACUGUCAGGUUUACUGGAUUUAAAAUGAAGCAGCACUCCUCAAAUUAUAUACGAUACAUACGAUCCAGAAUUUCCUAAGAAGUAGGAAAGCAAAGAAAGAAUGUCUGUUGCCUGUAAAUAGUUAAAUUGUUCAACAAAUCAUUGACAUACCCUGUUAAAUAUUCUGCUUUCAGUCUAUACAAUGCUGUUUUUUUUAUUAAAUGUACAAUGUUUUAUCUGUUUUAACUGUUUCAGUGUGUGUAAAAAGGGAAUUGAUUCAAGAGCCUUUGCGUUUGAAAUCAGUGUUUGUAUUUUGGUCUUUACAUCCUUAGCAUGGCCUUUGGAAAGUAGAAAUAAAACGCCUUUCAGUCAGAGGAUGUCUUUUACUGUAUGUGCAUCUUCAAUUUGCUGUUGGCGAGGAGAAGGGAGAGCUGCAGAGUUUUCACCAAAGCACUGAGUGUGUGGUAAAAACAAAAAUGCAACAUUUAAUGUCUUGCGUUUCAAGUGUGAAAACAUGUCAUGUCAGCAUCAUUUCUUGCAUGGAAAUUAUUAAAAGAUGUUUUGCAUUAUAGAUUUUAGGCAAAAAAUUGAAAGCUUUGGAUUAGUGAUUAUGAGAAGAGUUUUCCCCAGUGUUUGCUGUGUAUCACCAUCAGUUUGGUUUCAUGCUUAUUUGUUAUUAUACUAAGCUCCCUUUGAGGCUCCGUUUCUAGUUCUCAAAGAAUAAGGUUUUUUUACAGGAUUAAAAUCUAUGAAACUG